AUAAAGCUUGUGAGAGUGGGAGUGGGAUGGAAAGAUACUCCCAUGAGAAUGAGAAAGAAAAAAAAAAGGCAGGACAGGAAAUCUCUUUCAAUAAAAAUAUCACAGACGAAACCUGUCGAUGGACCCUUUUUUUUUUCCAAAUUCUUUGCCCCCUUGUUGGCUCAGUUUUGGAUGGUAAGAUAAUAUGCUGCGGAAAGCACGUAAAGUUUAGAUUUCUGAUGAAAUUCUCAAGCCAAACAAUCAGGUCAAGCUAUUCGUAACAGGUCAAUGGGCGUCCCCCUGCCCCUGUAGUUGACAUGCUGAGCAAGGACGAAAUAGUACCAACUGAGCCAAUAGCCUUCCGAUAACCUAUUCCGCUAGUUUCUUUUCCUUUUUGUGUGGGCAGAGUAAAAGCUUUAUGUGAAGUUGGCCUCCCUUCCACUUUCGGAAGAAACCUUUGGGGAACCCCUAUAAAUUCACCCCCUCUCCUUUCACUUCUCUUUCACGCUCUCUGCUUUCUUUACUAUCCCUUCUUCUUUUGUUCUUUUUUUUUUUUUUUCCCUUCCAAGACUUCAACUAUGCACCUCCUUCUACCUUGCAAUCCGAAUUUCAUCUCAAAAUAUAGAGCGUGGGUUUGUUUUGAACCUUGUUUCCGAGAGGCACUACCAUAAUAAGCAUAUGAUCUACACAGCUUUAGGAAUAAUGCACUAUCACAUAGCUUAACACCACCCCUGUUCUUCCCCUGUUUUUUCUGCUGUUUUUCCCGUCACACCUUAUCCUCGGACAACAGCAACAGCAUGUCUUCAAACGUGUGUCAAGGGUUGCAGUCAUGUACUGAGCCUGGACUCGUGGAACCACGUGUCUUAAUUCAGAAUUUGGCUCCACCAAUACACAACUCUUCCCAGUCCAAUCCAUGGACUCAAAAGCCAAAAAACGCGCCUCCGCAACCACAACAGGAACAAAAUGAGAUGAUUAUUCCCAAUGAGAAUGACAAGAACAUCCUCAUCCAACGCAAACACUGCUACUGUGAUUCGGUUGAGAGCAAAAGGAACAGUGACUCGCUCUGGAGCUCCAUCCAGGCACUCACCAGAACCAGUCAGAAUCGCAUGCAAGUGAGCGAGGCAGAACAGCAAGUCUACGUCCACCCUCUCGUCAAGCGCUCCUCAUCCGGAUUAAGCACAAAAAGCUUGGAAAUGUGCACCGAAAAUUUAGGGAGCGAAACGGGAAGCAGCAUUGACCAAAGCAUAGAUGACUUCCCUUCCCCUUCACUGGAUUCCAGGCGGAGGAAUGUCCAAGGCAUGCACCGAUCAAGGUCACGAGAAUUCACCAAAAAAAUGUACCCCAGUGUUGGUUUUCCUCCUCCCCUGACUUCUAUAGGCGGCUCAGGCGGUGUCCAUAUGAGGACUCACCGCGAAGGUGGACGUCUGGUGUUGGAAGCUGUAAGUGUUUCUUCUUGCAGCUCUUACUUCAAAGCUGAACGUGCCAAUGGCAGGCUUAGGCUUUCCUUGAUGAGAGGUGGCUUCACGGGCUCUGACGACUUUCAUGACUUGGUGGAUGAGUACGGAGAAAAUGCGUACAACAUGCAACACAACGAAGAAGAUGAACCAGAAAAGGAAACUGAUAAUGACGAAGAAGAGGUUGAAAUUGAAGAUGCUGCAGAGGAUGAUGCUAACGAACGUGCUGGCCAGUGGGAAGAUGAAUCGGAUGUGAACGGUGAAAAUGUGGUAUAUGAGGGUGUGGGGGUUGGAGAGUUGGCAAGACUUAGCAGGUGCAAAGAAGGAGGAGCGAUGACUAGGAACGGCGAGAUGUCAACUUGGGAGCCGUAUUUGGUGACCACUUCCUGAAAGCUCGUAAAAGCCAUCUUUUGGACCUCAGGGCCAGGAUAAUGCUACAAACUUACUACUAUUGCAUAAUAUAUCACUCUUCUAUUAUUAUUGAAUAGGAUGUACAUAUUGCUCUCCUGUGUCUGUCUCUUGUAAGUUGUAAACCCCCCGGCAGUUGUUAUUGUUACUAUAGGACGUACGUCUCCAUCCUGCUAUCCACCAUUAUCUCUGUUCUUGCAAGG